UGCUGGGCGUUUAGUAAGGGGAUCUUUCUCGGUCCUUUUCCCGAAACGCCAAGGCGCCGCUCCCUCUCGGCUCCAUUACUCUGGAAAGCGCCGUUUCGAACAAGCCGGUGGUGCUGGAAGUUGUCCUUUGACACUCCAUGCUGCCCCGUCAUGUGCAGAGGCUGGGCAGAGACUGCAUCGCCCACUGGAAUGGUUCUCAGAUGCUUGCCUUGAACAGCCCAGUUCCCAGCUGUACGAGAUGGGCCGGGCACUAUCCUUGGGCCUCGUUUCCACUUCCUGUUCCAACUGACUUCUCAGUAAACUGUAGAAUCCCUCCAUUUUUUGGACCUUGGAGACAAUUUCAGAACUGUAAUUGGCAGCUUGAUAACUUCGUGCAGAGUUCUUGCUUCCACCUACCUAACCCCAGUAUGAAAUCUGAGGGAGAAGAGCCAUUGACAAAGAAGAGAAAACUCGGUGACCAGCAUGAUACUUUAACUCUUGAAGAAGGAACAAAUGUCUCUAAUCAAGAGGAAGCAUCAGGUCUUUCUGUAGCACAGAUUGAAGAAAAACGUUGCAGCAAGAAAGGAAUCGUCAAAAGACGCUGGGAGUAUUUCUGUCAGCACAGUAGAACAAUGAAGAUCUUUGAAAAUAAACAAACUGACCUAAGCAAUACAGAAAGUGAGGCAAAAUUUGAUUUUACAGUCAUGUCCUACAAUAUCCUCUCACAGAAUUUGUUGGAAGAUAACUCCCACCUGUACAAACACUGCAGGCAACGCUUGCUAAUCUGGGCAUACAGAUUUCCCAACAUUUUACAAGAAAUCAAACAGCUGGAUGCAGAUGUACUCUGUUUGCAAGAAGUCCAAGAAGACCACUAUAGAACAGAGAUCAAGUCAAGUUUGGAAUCCCUGGGGUAUCACUGUGAGUAUAAAAUGAGGACAGGGAGAAAACCUGAUGGCUGUGCUGUUUGCUUCAAAACUUCCAAAUUUAGCCUGAUUUCAUCAAACCCAGUGGAAUUUUUUCGCCGGGAUAUUCCGCUCUUGGACAGGGACAACGUUGGACUGGUGUUGCUUUUGCAGCCUAUAUUUCACUGUAAAACUAAUGCUGCAAUCUGUAUAGCCAAUACGCAUUUGCUGUACAACCCAAGGCGAGGAGACAUCAAACUGACUCAACUUGCAAUGCUCCUGGCCGAGAUUGCUAGUGUUGCCCCUCAAAAGGAUGGCACCUUCUGUCCAAUUAUCAUCUGUGGUGACUUCAAUUCUGUUCCCGGUUCUCCACUGUACAGAUUUAUAAAGGAAGGAAAGUUAAACUAUGAAGGACUUUCGAUAGGGAAGGUCUCUGGACAAGAACAGUUUCCAAGGGGACAAAGAAUCUUAUCUAUUCCAAUUUGGCCAAAAAAAUUAGGUAUUUCACAAAACUGUGUGUAUGAAACAAAACAACAACAAAAAGAAGAAAAUGCAGGAGAAAAAUUGGAAACAGCAAAACUGGACAAGAGCCAAGAGAUUGUCGUAGCAUCUGAAAAGUUGUCAUCAAAACUGCAGCACUGUUUUAAAUUGUCUUCAGUCUAUUCUCAUUACUUUCCUGAAACUGGGAUACCAGAAGUAACAACUUGUCACUCUCGAAGUGCUGUCACUGUGGAUUACAUUUUCUAUUCUGCAGCAUGUGAUGAUACUGCUGUCCAGCCAGGUAAAGAAACCAACAUUUAAUUAUUUUUCACAAAUGCUAAAUGAGAGCAUUCAGAUGCUGUUUUAAGGGAAAUAUGGUAAUUUAAUGUGCCUGAGGUACCUCAGUGGUUUGUGGUGGUGCUUUGAAUGUCAGAUAUUAUCUUAGAAACGUGCCUGGCCUUGUCGACUUGCCUCAGUUGGACUUGUAGUGCCACACAGGGUAAACAUUUUCAACUCAUGGAAUAUUCCUGUAGUUGCCAUCUCACCAUGGAGGCAAGAGCUGAGGCUACAGAAAAGCGGCAAUGUAAGUAGCACCUCAGAAAUGCAGCUGUCAGUAACCCGUGCAGGACCUGAAUGACCAGACCUACAACAAAGCAGUAUUUCCAGUCAUCUGAUCAACAAAAUAGUGAACAGUAAUUUAUGAUGUGCAUUAAAACUAAUAGAUGUUUCUUAGAAAGUUGCUUUUCAGGUAGUCUUGAUGUAACGUCUGUCAAGUAAAUGACCUCUGUGGCCCUUGCUCUAGGAGCAGUCACUUGCACAUGCCCAGUUGUCACUCUCUUGGUUGCAGUUGCAGCUAAAACUCACCAGAUGGUGCAAGAAAGACAUAGUACCUCUGCGGGUGGAUGUAUGCGUGGGUAACAAACUGCUUAUCUUUGCUGCAUUUUUUUGUUCUUCCCACGGAUACUUCUGAGUAGUGUGCUUCCAGUCUCAUUGUUAGUUCUGUGUUUUAUGCCAUCAUCAAAGGUCACUGCACAGUGCAGUGCUUUGAGAAAUAUGGCUCUGCAGAACUUGGAACAAAGAAACCUGGAUUCCACUCCUGCUCCUAGUGUAGAUUGUGGCUGAUUUUUACAAAUUAAUAGUAUUUUUGGUAUGAAAAAAGAAAAUACCAUCUUCAUCUCUCAUACUUUGAGUUGUGAUUGUUAAAAUUCACUGAAUCAAUGCACAACAGUCUCAUUUGUCAUAAGGUGAACGGUAAAUGCUAUCUUAAUGUAAAAUAUCAAAUACCACAGCUUCACAAUACAGAAAUAAAAGUUUUGACUGAAAAACAGGGGUAUGAGAAGUAUCUAAAUGACUUCUGAGUGCUUUGAUUUAACAGAAUGCUGUGUGAUUUCAGAGUGCAUCCCUGUGCAAAAUUUAAUUUGAAUUCACCCACUUAUAUAUUUUGUUGCACCAUCAUUGCCCUAGCAGAGCUGGAGCACUUUUCUUUCUGCAUGUGUUUUUCAAAUAUUCUGUACCCCACGUCCGGGUACGGAAUGGGACUGAAGUUGAAUUCUCCAAGUAGUUUAAAGUGGUGUAGCUUUUAUACAUUUGUUCUUGGAAACUAAGUAAUAGUCUGGAUUUCCAGUUUCCUAAUGACCUGGGCCUCUGUCCUAAAAGCUGUCAGUGUGUGAACAAGUGAGCAUUACGUAUGGUCUAGGCCGACUGAUUGGUUUUUUUCCAGUUGAAGAGUUCGGGGUUAUUUUGAAAGUUUUCAUGCUUUGGUCUGUGUCAUGCUUAGCCAAGGAUUUGGUUUGCUAUUCAGGAUUUGCUGUGAUGUCAGGGUUCAGUAUCUACCUGAGUCCUGCAGGACUCAAUUUUGCUAGUUUGAGAGUGCUCUGAGCUGACAUUAAUCACUGCAUGUAGACCAGGCUUUCUGUAGCAACAAACUGCUGCUCUGUAGACAUGCAGGUGCUGUGCCAAAUCAUAAGUGUAGCUCGAGAGCUGUUUGGGAGUGUGCUCUAGAGCUACCAAGGCAUCUUUGCAGUAAAAAAGCGUUUCUUCAGAGCAGCAGUAAACAGCUGCUGGGUUGUUAGAGGACUGGAAAGCUGGCAGAUGGCGAAAAGUGGAGCUGUUAAACUAUCCAAGGAGUUUAACAGUUGCUGGAUAAUCCUCUAAAAUACGCCUACUGGUAAGCCAGUACCAGGUUCAGCCAGGAAGUUCUGAAUAUUGCUGAGUGCUUCUGUACAGAAAAUAUUUUUGUCGAAGUUACAGCUGGUGUUUUGCUGGUCCUGAAAGCGCUCAACAUGCUCAAUAUAAUCUCCGCACUCUGAAAACAACAGCUAGGGUUGCUGAGUAGUCAUCUCACUCAAAUACAGAGCUCAAGAAGUCUAAAAGUUUAACAGGUUAUGGAAGGACCUCAUUCUCAAUGGAUUUUUUUAACUUGAUUUGAAAAAAAGCUGGUUACUCUUUGAUUUUCUGGUUUGUUUUUUUCUUUUUAAAUGAGGAAGUAUUUUAAGUACAGUGUAAUAAUAAGGUGUAAUAAUAGCAUUGCUGUGAGUCGUCUUCCCCUCUUCCAUGAGCAAUGCAAUGUUUCUUCUGUCUGUGUGGCAAGGGAUUAUUUUGUGUGUGUGUUUCUAUUAUUUUUUUUAAUGCAAUAAUAGGAAUAGUUGCAGGAAACACUGGAGGAAGAUCCCUUUCUUAUGAUGAACAGUCAGGAGAGGAAAUGCUAGGAAGCUGUCAUCCUUGUGAGCAAGAGUUCCUGUAUGACUUGCUUGAUGGAGAGCUAUGUGCUUGAGGAUGAAGAAAUAAAAUAUUGUGUGAACCAGUACCUCUCAAAAGAUCCUUAAUUUUGCAGCGUCACCUCUGUUUGGCAAUGCUGUUGUGCUAGAGUAUAGGACUGGAUUGUGCGAGGCUUUUCCAGGGGAGUUACAAUGAACAAAUAAAUCCCUUUCUCUUUAUACCUCAACUCAUCCCUCUGCGAAAUGGAGGGAUGGUGUCUUUCUGAGGACUUUGAGCUCUACUGAUUGUAAGUCCUACAGCGAGUGUGUAAUAUUUAACAAAAAUUUCCAAACUGCCUUAUUGGUGAUUUUGCAUGGAACAAUGACUCCAGACUAUUUCUGCCAUACUGUUUUCCUCUUUCUGGAUAUAUAUGACUGUGAUUUUUAGCCCAUGCUGAUGAACGUUUCCACUUUUUUCUUUUUAAACCAGGAGCAGAAGAUUCUUCUCAUGGAGGUCUGAAACUGCUUGGCAGGCUGGCACUUCUCACAGAGAAAGAUCUUUGGACUGUUAAUGGUCUUCCCAAUGAAAAUAACUCAUCUGACCACCUGCCAUUGCUAGCAGAGUUCAGGCUUAUUGAACGGUAAUAUACAAAGGACUUUUUGUGUGGGUAAAGCUACAUUCACCCUCUCUCUUCAUGCGAUCAUUACUAUUUUUUUAAAGGUUAAGUCAAGCACUGCUGGUCCGGUUGAAAUGUUUGCCUGCAUCCUGAUUUGUUAGUGUUGUGUAAAGUAGACUUUUUAAAUAGGCUUUUUUUUUAAAAAAAAUGUUUAUAUUCCUCUAUCAAGUCUUCGAGGCAAAAAGAAAAAAAAUUGUUAGGUUCCUCUUUGAUAAUGGAAAACAUCUGUGCCAGUCUCAAAAUGGCAUUAUUUUUCACAGAGAUGCUGUAAAAUGGUUUUUAUUGUCAGUUACAGUAAAACUGAUUAUUCAGAGAAUUGUGUGCUUCUUCAAGUAAAGGGUACUAAGUUUGUGUAUGUGUCGCAUUUUACAAUGGGCUGAAAGUAAUGUUUUACUGCAAAGUUGCUCUGUGGACACUAUUAUCUAAAUACUUCUGAGAAGGCAUUUCCUCACUUACCUACAGUGCAAUCAGGGCAGAGGCCGCAAGGCUGG